UCUUCCCUUGCUUGCUCCGGCGUCUUAUCUCUUCCCCCGCGCAGCCUGGUGCGUCCCCUUCUUCCUCCCUCCCUCCGAGCCAUCCAAUCCCCUCCCCGAAAUCCUCCUAAUCCAAUCUUAUCGCCAAAUCAUUCGCCACUAGUGCUACUAGCAUGAUGCUAGCGCGCGGCCACGCAGCAAUCGCCGUCGCCGCACGCGGGAACGAUCUUCUUCCGGCCACAAAUAUCCAGCUUUCCCUGGUCGCUGUCUCCCGGGGGGUUGCUUCCAGUUGUUCAGCUUGAUUUUGGUUGGAAUUGGGGAGGUUUUCUGGUGGAGAGGCUGGAGAAUUUGUGGUUCCGUGGAAGGAUUUUGAGGAGAGUUUCCGUGGCGGACACGUACGGUGUCGGGAGUCCGUCGAGGAGGUGAUUACUUCCGGUGGUGGUGGUCGUGAUGGCGACGACGACGCACUUCACGCCGUCGCAGGCGCACGCUGCGUCUGCUUCCCACCACUCUGCCGCGGCGGCGGCGGCGGCGGCGGCCACGGCCACGGCCACCGCGCGGCUUCAUGCCUCGGCUUCCGCGUCGGCGCCCGCCGCGGGGGCCGCGCUCUGCCCGCCCUUCCUCGUGGCCGGGUCCCACUCCUCCGCGGCGUGCCCGCCGGUACAGAACCCGAUAUUUAGUGGCUCCGCCGCGCCGUGGGUGGUGCAGCCCCAGCGCGCCGCGCUCUGCCCCGAGUUCCGGCGGGCGCGCUCCACGAAGAAUAUCUCCAAGCGCAACAACCGUGGGGUGGGCUCCCAGGACCGUGGCGGGCGCACGUUCUCAGUCGCUGCCGGGCGCUGCGUGGACAAGCUGCUCCGGGUUGCUCCCGAGGACCGCCGUGCGCUUGGUGCUUCUCUGUCUUCUUUCCGGGGAGAGCUGGUUGCUCCUGAUGAUUACUGCCAUAUCCUUCGGGAGCUUGGCGACAGGGACAAGUCCGCAAUCCGUGCGCUCGAAGUGUUCCAUGCUGCAUUGCCGCUUGUUGGCAAUGGCUCCGUCGAUAAGGGCAAGCUUUUGACUGCUGCCAUUGGGGCACUUGGCAAGAUGAGCCGCCCAGACCUUGCACGAAGAGCUUUUGAUGCUGGCAUUGCAGGGGGUUAUGGCAACACGGUGUUUGCAAACUCGGCGCUCAUCUCGGCGUAUGCUAGGAGUGGUCUGGUCAACGAGGCAAUGGGGGUACUUGAGUCGAUGAAGGGUGCAGGCUUGCGGCCUACCACGGUUACGUACAAUGCGGUGAUUGAUGCAUGCGGAAAAGGGGGUGUUGACCUCAGGUUCACGCUCGGAUAUUUCCGUCAGAUGCUACGGGACAGACUUUGUCCAGACCGGAAGACGUUCAAUUCACUUCUUUCUGCGUGUAGCCGUGCAGGGCAUUUGGAGGAUGCUCGUGCCCUGUUUGAUGAAAUGAUCCAUCUUGGCAUUGGGCGUGACAUUUACACAUACAACACGUUCAUUGAUGCAAUUUGCAAGUGUGGCAACAUAGAGCUUGCUAUGCAGGUUCUGUUGGAUAUGGAAGCGAAAAAUGUCAAGCCAAAUGUUGUUACAUACAGUACAUUGAUUGAUGGAUACUCCAAGUUAGAGAAGUAUGAUGAGGCACUCAAGUUGUACGAAAAGAUGAAGUCUUUGGGGAUUCAGUUGGACAGAGUUUGCUACAACACCGUGCUGGCUAUUUAUGUGAAGGCCGGAAAGUAUGGAGAAAUAGCUAUAGUGUGUGACGAGAUGGAGGACUCAGGGAUUGAGAAGGAUACUGUGACUUACAAUUCUUUGAUUAAUGGGUAUGGAAAGCAGGGACGCUUGGACAUUGUCUCUUUCCUCGUUCAAGAUAUGAGGAGACGGGGUGUAGCUCCUAGUGUACUCACAUACUCAACUUUGAUAGAUAUAUACUCAAAGGCAGGAAUGCACGGAGAUGCAUUUAAUGUCUACUUAGAUUUUAAGGAAUCUGGCCUAAAGCCUGAUGUUGUUCUAUUCAGCUCUUUCAUUGACACAUUGGCCAAGAAUGGCUUGGUAGAGUGGGCUUUAUCUUUGCUUAAUGAUAUGACUGAGAUGGGUAUCAAGCCAAAUGUGGUAACGUACAACACAAUAAUUGAUGCAUUUGGCAAAUCUAAGGUUCUUUCUGAGGAGGAUCCUGAAGCUGGGGAAAUGGGAAUUGUUGGGGUUUAUAACGGCCAGAUCAUUAGGGCUGCUAAUCCAGUGACAAGAGGACGCUCUGCCAUUGAUGUCAGGAUGAGGAGGUCCCAGGAAUUGUAUUUCAUUCUGGAAUUGUUUCAGAAGAUGGUCCAGCAGGGUGUGAGGCCAAAUGUUGUUACAUUUUCUGCAAUCUUGAAUGCUUGCAGUCGCUGCAAUAACUUUGAAGAUGCAGCUCUAUUGCUGGAACAACUUCGCCUGUUUGAUAAUUUUGUCUAUGGUGUUGCGUAUGGGCUCCUUAUGGGUUAUCAAGAAAUUUGGUCUCAAGCACAGUCCCUUUUUAAUCAGUUGGGACGCAUGGAUUCUCCAACAUCCUCUGCCUUUUACAAUGCUCUUACUGACGUGCUAUGGCAUUUUGGCCAGAGGCAAGGAGCUCAGCUAGUUGUGCUUGAAGGGGUGAACCGCCGUGUUUGGGAUAACACAUGGAGUGAGUUUUGCUUGGACCUGCACCUCAUGUCAUGUGGUGCAGCUCAAGCAAUGGUUCAUGCAUGGCUCCUGAAUGUGCGCUCUAUUGUCUUUGAAGGACGAGCUAUGCCUGAGUUCCUAAGCAUUCUGACAGGAUGGGGAAAGCAUAGCAAGAUAGCAGGUGCAAGCACCCUCCGCCAUGUCAUCGAGGCAUUGCUCAACUCAAUCGGGGCGCCGUUUCAGGUCGAGCGAUUCAACAUCGGAAGGUUUGUGUCACCCAGCGCUGUGGUGGCUGCCUGGUUGAGAGAGUCCGGUACCAUGAACAUACUCCUCCUCAAUGAUGAGCGCGCGCAGCAUGCAAGCCCGUCCAGCAUGUUACCGAGACUGCAGGCACUGCAGUUGUAGCCCCUAGAGCCGCUAGUGUCUUGUCUGUAACUGUAAGCUCCCCCGCCUUUCUUCAGCUUGUCUUCUGCCCUUUUCAGAAGAUUGUAGUGUAUUAUAUAGGCUCACCGAAUCAGAGCUUGUUUUGUUGUUAAAUUUCGCUGUUUCAGCCGUUUCAGCCAGCAAUGUUGCAGAAUUGGCAGUGUACCUUUCAAGUUCCAACUCCUUCAAUCAAGGGUGAAAACAAUUUAUUCAGA